AUGGUCAAGAAGAUGAAGCUUCCUUUCAUCUGCAAGAAACCAAAUACCAAAGGAACAUGGAAAUUGUCACUUUUUAAGCAAUUCAAAGCCAUUUCAUUCAUAAACAAGCCCAAACCUAUAAAGAAUUCCAAUUCUGUUUUAUCAGACACUGCCAGGUUUAUUUCAGUGCUGGACUCCUCGUGGUCCCAGUCAAGAACUUGCCUAUCAGUGCCAAAAGAUUCUGAAGAACUGCUCGAGAUGGCUAGCAAGGCACUGAGAUCAGACAGGCUGUUUUUUGAGCCAGGCAACACGAAUUCGAUACUAGAGGCAGCCAGGUUCCCUUUCAAGGAUUGUGUAGCACUGGCCUUAGAGACAGGGGAUCCUUACAUGGAUUUUCGAAUUUCAAUGGAAGAAAUUGUUGAGGCUUGUGAACUGAAAGAUCAGGACCAUCUAGAGGAGUUACUGGCUUGCUUCAUCUUCCAGAACAGGAGGCUAGUGCGAGGAAGACUGGGGAUGAAAGCCUUCGACCAUAAGCUGAGAAGGGAAAAACGUGCAGAAUAG